CCGGUUUCUAAAGUUUGAUAUGGCGACGUAAACAUUAGACUCUUAGACUAGUGAUACAGAAAGUGCUCUUUAAAUAGUUUAAAUAACUUUAAAUAACAUUCGAAUGACGAUGAAUAACAAUCAUUGAUUGUUCUUAAUGAAACAUACUAUAAUAUAAUGGUUUAUAUUUUAUAAACUGCUUAUAACUCUUUAAAUGAUGUCAUCCAUUUAUGAUGAGGACGUUUAUGAAAAUCCAUUUUUCACCAAAAUCACAACCAACCAUCCAGACUACUUAGAGCAAGCUGUCCAGCGCAAAGGAGUUCUUUGUAUUCCAAAGUACUCAAUUGCCGCCCAUAUCAUUCCAACUCAACAAGAUAUCGAGGACCAUAUCCUUUUCCCUACCAAUGAAAUAGAUGACGAUGCUGAUGACUUUACAACUCUUUCUAGAAAGAGUGUUCAGUAUUCUGGAGGCAAAAUAAUUACAAAAGAUGGCUUUGAAGUAAGCAGACAAGUGCCUGUGCUGUUUGCUGAGACAUUCCACACAGACAAUGGCAGCUACAGGGUGUUUUGUGUUGAGGCAUUGGUCAACAGAGAACUUGACAAACAAACAGAGAAGAGCUCAUCAAAACCCACAUCCCCCACUAGUUACCACCAGAUGUUGGAGCUACUCUGGUCUAAUGAAGGUGGACAGAGGAUGAGGGAGUCCCUGGACAAAGUGCUGAACACAUUUGCUGUCACCUAUGACAGGCUGGAGGGGGAAAGUCUCAGAAGUAUUGUGGAUGCAGCCAACACACAAUUCACCAAAGCCGUGCAGCUUUUACUGAAGGACUCUGUUGUGAGGAAGUCAGCCCGUCACAAUGCAAGCUAUAUGGAAAAUCUCAAGGUGGCAGUGGAGACCUACAUGAUGAAUGCCGUACACAAACGUCUGUUUCGGGUCAUCACUGCAACAAUGGCAGCCCAAGACUCAGAACUCAACAAACUGACCCGUAACCUGGUUGACCUUCAGCUGUCUGACCUUGGGAUCAGGAAAAUUUUCAGCCAAAAUAUUCUCCCUGCUAAAAAAGAGCUGAGUCAGCUGAAUCGCUACAGCACACCAGUUGGUCGACUGUUCUGUAUCAAAAGGGUGGUGUCAGCACUGACCAAACCACCCAAGUCCAUGAAUAAAGACAACAUAAAAGAUACUGUUGUAAUGAUGACCAGUGAUGAUUUGCUUCCUAUUUUGAUUUUUCUAAUCAUCAAAUCUGAGAUUCCAAACUGGAUGGCAAAUCUUGUUUACAUGCGGCAUUUUCAUUUUGCCAAGUCAUCUGACGAUGAUGAGUUUGGGUUUUACUUGGCCUCUGUGGAAGCAGCACUAGAGCAUAUUCGGACUGGAAACAUUAAAGAGGAAAUAAAACCACUGAAGAGGGAACGAUGGAACAGUAUCCUUGUCACUGAUCCUGCUGAGACGUCGUCCUCUUCCUCAUCAUCAUCCACAUCAUCACCAGCGAGACAGAUCUCCCACAACUCUAUCAUUGAUGAGUUUUUUAAGCUGGUGCAGGAGGGCGAGGAGAAGAAAGUGGAGCAGAUGUUGGAGAGACCCCAGAAGACAAGUGAGGAGAUCUACCUGCAGCUGUGUCACCCACUGUGUUCUUGUGACAGGUGUGACAAGCUGCUGUCUACCUUACGGAACAAUUCCAACCUGGUCACAGCCUACACUAGAGAUAACAGGGGAUAUACAGCCCUUCACAUAGCUGCCUACUAUGGCCAGGCUCUACUGAUUGACUUGCUGAUCAAGAAUAAUGCUGUGGUAGAUGCUACAGACUACUUGGGGUUAACUCCCUUACAUCUGGCUUGUCAGAGAGGCUACCAAAAUGUUAUGUUGCUCCUCCUGCACUUUGGAGCAGACGUGAUGAUGACAGACAACGAAGGGAACUCAGCGCUUCACCUCAGCUGUGCUAAUGGACAUGAGGAUUGUGUGAAGGCUCUGGUUUUUUAUGAUGCUAACCUAAGGAGACUUAACAUAAACGCCCAGAAUGAGGUUGGAGACACGCCCCUGCAUUUGGCUGCCAAAUGGGGAUUUGAAAACAUCGUGAGGACUCUGUUAGAGAAUGGUGCUGACUCAACUGUCUGUAACAGGAAAAGGCAGACUGCUAUUUCCUUGGCCCAGAAUGUCAAAGUUCAAAGGUGGCUGCAAGUCGCUGCUGAGGGCGUAGACUUUCUGGUUUUUAGGCAGCAGCUGGCCAAGUCUCCAACAUCCCCACGCUCCCGGUCAUCUUCCAUAUCCUCCAACACACCGUCCACCUCACGCUAUUCUGGUCAGCGACCUGGUGACCUGCAUGUGUAUGAACCAGAACAUUCAUCCUAUCAUGUCCAGUCCGUCUCACUAGAGGACCCAGCGGAGGCAGACAAAAGACGGAAAAAGGAGAAGUUGUUUAAAGCCAUCAUAGAGGGAGAUAUUCAGCUAGUGAAAUUUUAUUUUGGUUUGGAGGAUGUGGCUUACAACCCCAACAAUGAGGAAGAGGAUGAUGAAUCUCUCCCUCCUCCCUCCUCCUCCACCUUGGCAGACAUGUGUCACCCCCUCUGUCAGUGUGACAAAUGUACAGGUAUUCAGAAGGUGUCUCGCAAGUCGAGGGAGCAGCUGAGUGUCAACCUGAAGACGUCCACGGGCUACUGCCCCAUCCACAUGUCAGUGCUACAUGGGCACUCAGACAUCGUAGCCCUGCUGAUAUCACUCAACGCUGACAUCUGUGUACAGAACCACAAGGGGCUCUCACCUCUACACCUGGCCUGUUGUACCAGGAACAGCUUGAUUACAGACAUGCUGGUGAAGGCCGGAGCUAAAGUUGAUGUCCAGGAGAUGAAUGGGGACACACCCCUGUUGAUUGCUGCCAGUAAUGGUUUUCUCAAUGGGGUACAGAUUCUUGUCAAGUCUGGUGCCAGUUUGAAUGUAACAAACCAUAAAGGGAACACAGCCUUACACGAGGCAGUCAAGCGUGACCAGGGUGACACUGUGACCAUUCUGCUACAUGCUGGAGCUGACACCAGAAUUGUCAACAAGCAAGGGAAACUACCCAUAGAUUUGACUGAUGACCCAGCCCUGCAUGCCUUGAUUGAGACAGCCACGUUCAAGCUCAAUGAGACAAAAUCACAGAACAGCAACAUCAACAACCAGCAGAACAACGCCUUAGAGAAUAAACACCAGAUCAGCAUUAAAGAGUUGUUUGCAGCGUUUGAAGAAACUGACCUCCACACCCUGCAGCGGCUGACCGCUUCCAUCCGCUCGUUUGACCCUAAGGCCAGCCUACGCAGGACUGUCACGCGGGACAAGAGCUACCCCAAGCUGGACGUCAUACGGCGCAGCCAUUCCAUUCUGUCUUUCAACCAUGGCUCACUCAGGAAAACAAAGUCAGUGGACAAGGCUGACCCCUUGUAUAUCUACUCACUGUUUCAGUCUCAAAGUUUGGACCAGAUCUCCAACUCAGGUUCUGCUAGUGAUGGAAAUCUUACUCCAAUGGGAGAUAAUUCAAAGUUUCAAACUUUUUCAAGUCAGUUACCAGACCUGUUUUCUCAUCAGAUGGAGAUCAGUGAAAAAGAGAAUUGUUUACAAACUUGUACUAAGUUGUCCUGUGAAAAUUCACUUUCCAAUGACCAAAUGCCUUCGUUAAUGGGAGAUAACUCUCAAAAUAAAGCAGUUGCUGAAUCAGCUACUGAACCUGACCAACAUAAACCCACUGCAAAUUGUAGUGAUUUUGUUUGCAAGGGAGGUAAUUCAUCCAACAACUAUAAUUCCAACACAGUAGCUGAACCUGAGGCUAAUGGGGACAAUUCUGGCAGUGCAAAUAACUUUUCUACUGGAGUUGCCAGUCAUGAGACAAGUCCUAGGCAAGUUAGAGAACAUGAGGAGGUACCAGCUGGGCCGUCAGCCGCUGCUGAUCACUGCUCGGAUGGAGAUCUCUUGUGUGAAAAUAUUGGUGUAGGAGGCAGCAGGGAUAUUUCUAAUGAACUAAGCAAAUACAAUGUGGAAGUCUCUGAUUUUCAGGCUUCAUUGAAUAUCAAAACUAAUGCAGGUGAUUGUGAUGAAGAAUUAGACAAAGGCAGGAUAAAAGGGGAGUUUAUUUUAGAAAGUGAUCAAAAAAGCUUAAUUCGUAUUAGAGCAUUAGCUAAUGGCAUUGUGAAGUCAAUAUUGAAAGCCAGCAUUGCAGAGGUUUCUGGGUUAACACCAGACGCGGCAGUUGAUUUGAAUUCAAAUAACAAUUGUACCAAGUUUUUCCUCCAGCAUUCUUGCACUGUGGAGGCUGACCCCACACCAGGUGCCGUGCCGAGUUCAGUGCCAGAUGGGCAGGUGAAACCACAGACUUUCAUGGAAACUUGUCACACCUGUCCAUCCCACCUGCAAAAACAAGCAUCAUUGGAAUCUGAAGUAUUGGCCAAUGGUGUUGAGGUUAGCGAGCAACAGCUCCACAAUGAUGUGGCCACUACACAGGCCAUCAAUGAUGUGGCCACUACACAGAAGGCCAACAAUGAUGUGGCCACUACACAGGCCAACAAUGAUGUGGCCACUACACAAAAGGCCAACAAUGAUGUGGUCACUACACAGAAGGCCAACAAUGAUGUGGCCACUACACAGGCCAUCAAUGAUGUGGCCACUACACAAAAGGCCAACAAUGAUGUGGCCACUACACAGGCCAACAAUGAUGUGGCCACUAUACAGAAGGCCAACAAUGAUGUGGUCACUACACAGAAGGCCAACAAUGAUGUGGCCACUACACAGGCCAUCAAUGAUGUGGCCACUACACAGGCCAUGAAUGAUGUGGCCACUACACAGAAGGCCAACAAUGAUGUGGCCACUACACAGGCCAACAAUGAUGUGGCCACUAUACAGAAGGCCAACAAUGAUGUGGUUACUACACAAAAGGCCAACGAUGAUGUAGCUAAAAUCAUUUGUGACCCGGAAUCAUUUUUUGAUGAUUCUGACCCAGAUACAAGUCAGAGUGAUGAGGCUCACAGCCAUGUUGAAAGCUAAAGGAACUCUUCUGUGUAGGAGAAUACAAGUUCUGUUGUUUAAUCCCCAACAACACUGUGUUACUAACACAUAUCUUAAGCAUUGUGUACACAGGGCAAUACUCUGUUUAUACUGAAAUAUGUUGUAAAUUAUAUCACUGUAGAGAGAGAGAGAGAUGUAUUCUCAAAAAGAAUAUACCUUAUUUAUAUAAAGCUAGUAUCUGUUAUCAAGAUACGAAUAAAACUUUGAUCAAUGUUAUUUUACUUGUUUUUGUUUCAUCACUCAAACACUCUUGUCACCCAAACACCCAGGUCA